GUUAGUAUAGCUUGCGGUCGUGCUAUGAUAGAAACGGCGAUGCUCUGUGCUGCCUUCCGUCUACAGCACAACUGACCUGGUAUAUGUGUUCUGGUCUAAGGUCUACGUGCUCGUUGUCUGCCUGUCUCGAUAUAUGUCCCUAUAUGAACAAGGAUUUCAGCGGCAAUGUAAAGCAUCUCCAUAUCCCCACUGUAGCAGCAUAGUACUGUUCUUUCUCAUGCUAGUAUCUAUCUAUCUAUCAUCACAGUCUAACAUCAUGUAUGAGACAGUUCAUUCUAGCUUGCUCUGUACAUACACAUGCUGGUGUAUAUAUGUCUAAAUACCGUACACACACAUUGAACUUACAUAUGCAU